CAACAGUCUAUAGGCAUACCUAGAACAUUUGAGUCAAAGUUAACGCCUACAUUUACACAGCGACUGGUCGCCCCCUUGUUUUCCCAACUGAGUAUUUGCGUGGCUCAGCCUCAUACUGGCUCAUACUAUCUUUGUUCGCUGGCACUGGCAGUGAUUGCCUUGGUGGUUGAGGAGAAAACUCACAGUUAACAUAGUGAUCUCUGUUGCAGGCUCGACAAAAAAAGGGAGGGGUGUACAUAAACGUUUCUGUGUUAAGCUUCUCAUCGAGAAAGUUUUUCGAAAAACACUUAAGUGAUGGCAGAGGCUCACCAGGCAGUGGCGUUCCAGUUCACCAUAACGCCAGAGGGGAUUGACCUGCAGCUCUCUUAUCAGGCCCUGAACCAGAUCUAUCUGUCCGGAGUGCGAUCGUGGAAGAAACGAGUCAGCCGAAUGAGGAACAGUUUGAUCAAAGGAGUGUACCCUGCCAGCCCUUCCUCCUGGCUCUUUGUCGUCAUAGCGAUCCUGGCCACCAUGUACAUGCGCUCAGAUCCCAGCAUGGGGCUCAUCACCAAGAUACAGCAACACCUGCCACUAAGCCUCCAUGUCUCGCUCAGUGCCCAGGGGCAGACCAUGGUGUCUGCACUGGUCUUCAGCACCCUCCUGUGGCUCUCACUCAUCCUCACACUCAGAUUCUGCCUCAAACUGCUGCUCUCCUACCACCAAUGGAUGUUUGAGCAACAUGGCCGAGUGUCCAAUGUCACCAAAGUCUGGGUGACUCUAUUGAAGUUACUAUCAAGCAGGAAGCCUUUGCUGUACAGUUAUCAGACUUCUCUACCUCACCUGCCUGUUCCUGCCAUCAAAGACACACUGAGCAGGUACCUGUUGUCAGUCCGCCCCCUGUUGACUGAUCCAGAAUUUAAACGAAUGACUGAACUGGCCAAUGACUUUGAGUCUAACCUGGGAAACCGCCUGCAACGUUACCUGAAACUCAAAGCUCUGUGGGCCACCAACUAUGUGAGUGACUGGUGGGAGGAAUACAUCUACUUGAGGGGUCGAGGUCCCAUCAUGGUCAACAGUAACUACUAUGGCAUGGACUUUCUGUAUGUGACCCCAACCCAGGUGCAGGCAGCCAGGGCAGGAAACACCAUUACUGCUCUGAUGCUCUACCGUCGCAAGGUCAACCGGGAAGAACUCAAACCAAGUCGUGUUCCAGGCACUGUCAUCCCUCUGUGUGCUGCUCAGUGUGAGAGGAUGUUCAACACAACACGCACACCGGGAGUUGAGACUGAUGUGCUCCAGCACUGGCAAGACAGUGAAUUUGUAGCAGUGUACCACAAGGGGCGCUUUUUCCGCCUGUGGGUGUACCGGGCAGGUCGGCUGCUGUCUCCCAGGGAGAUUGAGUACCAAAUCCAGAGGAUCCUAGAUGACCCUUCACCCCCACAACCUGGAGAGGACAAACUGGGAGCUCUUACUGCUGGAGACAGGAUUCCUUGGUCUCAGAUGAGGAAGCAGUACUUCAGCUCUGGCAUCAAUAAGCGAUCACUGGAUUCCAUCGAGAGGGCCGCCUUCUUCGUAACUUUGGAUGAUGAAGAGCAAGGCAUGAAGGGAGAGGACCCAACAGGAAACUUGGACCGCUAUGCCAAGUCACUUCUCCAUGGGAAAUGUUAUGAUAGGUGGUUUGAUAAAUCCUUCUCCAUUGUGAUCUACAAGAAUGGGAAGAGUGGACUGAAUGCAGAGCACUCCUGGGCUGACGCACCCACAGUGGCUCAUCUUUGGGAGUACACACUGGCCACAGAUGCCUUCCACUUGGGCUACACUGAGGACGGACACUGUAAAGGUGAGGUGGAGCGCUCACUACCUCCUCCUCAGAGGCUCGUCUGGGACAUCCCCUCAGAGGUUCAGGCCCAGGUCUGCAGCUCCCUCGCUGUUGCACAGGCACUGGCAGAUGAUGUGGACUGCCACGUGUUUCCCUUCAACGAGUUUGGAAAAGGACGGAUCAAGAAGCUACGCGUUAGCCCUGACGCAUUCAUACAGAUCAGCUUACAGCUUGCAUACUACAGGGAUCGUGGUGGUUUUUGUCUGACUUAUGAGGCAUCAAUGACCCGUCUGUUCAGGGAAGGCAGGACAGAAACUGUUCGGUCCUGCACCAACGAGAGCUCUGCCUUCGUCAAAGCUCUAGAGAACAGAGAGGCAGAGGAACAAUGCAGGCGUCUCUUCCGACUGGCUUCCGAGCGUCACCAAAACCUUUAUCGUAUGGCUAUGACUGGAGCUGGGAUUGACAGACACCUCUUCUGCCUGUAUGUGGUGUCCAAAUACCUGGGGGUGGAGUCACCCUUCCUAAAAGAGGUUUUGUCUGAACCUUGGCGUCUGUCCACCAGUCAGACCCCAGUGCAACAGAUGGAGCUGUUUGACUUGAAGAACCACCCCGAUUUCAUAUCGCUGGGCGGAGGUUUCGGACCCGUUGCCGAUGAUGGUUAUGGGGUCUCGUACAUCAUCGUGGGCGAGGAUAUGAUCAACUUUCAUGUUUCCUCCAAACACUCCUGUGGUGAGACUGACUCACACAGGUUUGGUGCACAGAUAAGCAAAGCUCUUCAAGACAUCAUGGCGCUCCUCUCUGCUGACACCAAAACCCCCUCAUCCUCCAAAGGCACAACCCAGUCUCAGUCCAAGAAGCUCCUCUGAACAUGAGAGGCUUCUCACCGCGUGGACAGAUAUCUCCCUCAAGGAAUGAUCUCGAACCCUUAAUGCUGAAAGCGCAUCCUAAGACGUGAAGCAUAAAAUAAAUCUGAUAAAAGUGAAUUUUUUGUGAGUAGAAUCAAAGGGAGAUUCCAGCCUAAACUUGGAGAGCAGAUGCUCUUUAGUUAUCUGCAAUCAUUUUAAGACACAACAAUAACAUAAUUUUAGGCCCUUUAACAAACAAGAUAAACUGAAAACUCCAGGUGCUCUUUCAGGUUAGAUACGUAAUCUACACCUUCAUUUUUGAUCUUUUUUCACUUCCUGAAGUUUCAGAGGAAUACAUGAGUGGACCUGUGUGUCAGAGCACUGGAACCCCUCACUUGAUUUACAGUCUUCCUUUUAAAAAUGAUAGACUUCAGCAGCAUUUCUGCGUGAAUGGGCUGUUGAAUAUUUGACCGCUAUUUGACAGCAUGAACACAUGUUCAUGCAGGUUUUAUUUUUAUCGUUCCAUUAGCUAGAGAGAAGGCAAAAGUGCUUCCAAUCCCAACUUUCUCUAAGGAUAAGGAACCAGAGAAGGACAAUUUUCUUGUUCUUUUAUUUUCCUUUCUUUUUUUUUUUAUAGAAAGAAGGAGCAAAGAUUAUCUUGGCUUACGAAGGAAGUCAUUAGCAGCCAAGUAAGGAGCGUAGAAAGAGUGACAAAUCUCCUUGCCAUUAGACAGGAAGCAAUAAAUGAAAUGAUGCCACGCAAGUCAGCCAGCUGACACAGUACCAAGUCAAGGGUACAGAGUGUGAGCUGUUGUUCUUUGCUGAAUAUCAGAUAAGCUUAAAGACUAAAGGAAGUAGGGGAGAUAAACCUCACUGAAGGGGUAUGGUUAUUUAGGUGUUAUUACAAGAUAGCUCAGUUAGUAUUUUUUUAUUGUCAUUUAAUAUGAAAGAUGGGACUGGAGGUUUUUAUGAGCUAGACAAUGACAGCCCCAUUCUUGAGAAAUGGCUACUAUAAACGUUUUCCAGUUGAUGCUGAAGGUUACAUUUACUUAUCACCUGAUCUCUGGACAGGCCACAUACCACAGCCUAACUAAUAAUGAACUGCUCGGUGUCUUCCCUUCCUCAUAAAGCAUUUCCAAAGAGUUCCCACAGUCAAAAUAUGAAGUAAAAGUAUAAAUAUUUUGUUAGCAAAAGCAUUUCAGCUAUAUAAAUGAGAGGUACUCAUUAUGCAGCAGAAUUUCUAAAUACAUUAUUAUAUGUUAAUGAGCAUGUUAGCAGGAUUUAAUAUCAAAAACAUUGCCUCAUCAGGUUUCACAUGGACUGAAAUGCACAGCUUAGCUUGGGGAUCUCCACGUGCCAGCUGGAAGGCCACCAACUCAUCUGCUCAGACGAGACAAAUUGAUACCAAAUGCUAAAUUAUCAUGUGUCAUUGCAUUACAGACAUCGAAUCCAAGUGCUUUCAUAUGAAUUCACAUUUACGUUCUCCGAUUACACUAAGUGUUUUCAGUAGCAGAUAACACCAUUAAAGUGAUCGUGUGUGGUUUUACUGAGAUCAGGGGAUAACUCACAGUGUGAUCCUUUUAUUUUUUUUAGAAAGGAUGGAAGGAAAGCAGGAAGGAUGGGAGAAGAAAAAGAGGUGCAAAUGACUUUUGGCUAUUGUUUUUAGUUUCACUUUUCAUUGUUGGCGGAUGAUUUAAUAAAAUGGAGCCAUUUUAGGUCCAUUGUUUGAUGAUGUGCUUGAGUUUAUCAGACAGAGCUGUGUGUUACUGCUGUUGGCUGAAACACAGCUCAGUUGGACUGUUGUCACGUUGUGUAUAGUCGCAUUGCCUUAUUCUUACAUUCACUGAAACGAUUAUUUUUGUUUUUCCCUUCACAACAUCAGUGCUGUGAAGGGGGUGACCAACACGGGGCAAGCGGGACUUGUUGGUCAUUUAGAUGGUAGACUUGUGGGCCAGUGGCACUUCAGUCAGGAUUUCCUUGGCCAACACUCACACCUGGUUUUAAAGCUAUGGCAUUUUAAGAAACACAUCUGUGCCUGAAUUUAAGUAUUCACUCAAACAGUUUCAAUGCAAUUUCUUAAUCAAUGCAAUUCCUGAGGGAACCUUUGUAACAUUUGUGUGUGUGUGUGUGUGUGUGUGUGUGUGUUAAUAACAAUGUACUGCACUUGCUCAGUUAGUUAGCAUCGUUGUGCGCAGUGAUGUAGUGGUCAAGUCGAGCAUUAACGCUGCUGUAUAGCAGAUAUUUCAGAGUCAGAGUCUUGUUUUCCACUCAUAACAUCAACAUAUUCAUGGUCUAAUAUGAAUAGAAACAUUGACUACAAACGGUCUGGUUUUGUUAGCAUUCCACCACAUCUCUGCUCAUGUUUUCUAACUCUUAACUUAAUCAUAUUCAUCUUGGGCUUAAUAUCUGUCUGUAUCUGACCACAAUCUGUCUCAGGUUGGCUGAUUUUCUAGACGGCAUAAAAGAGUUUAGUUUUCCAGUACUUAACAUUUAUAAAUCCUUUCCGGUAAUAAAAUAAAGUCUCCCUUUGUCUCUUUAAGAAGGGCUUUUUAUUCUAAGAUUAAUUCAUUUCCGAGGUUUGGAGUUUCAGUUAAGUGCACCAUUAGCGAUACAGAUCUAAUUCUCAUCAAUUGUUAUUCACUUCAUGCCUCAGCCUACCUGUGAAGUCUGACUGUUUGUGUGCCUCAGUCUAUUCAAGAUGUAAUGGGCGUCCUCAUGCUGUCAGUUUGUUUGAAUAAUGAGCCUCAGACCUAGUUUGAACUAAAGCUUAUUAGCUUAGUUAUUUCCUAAUUAUUUGAUACAUUUUUAUGGUUUAUUUCUGUGUAACCUGUACAACUACUCUUUUGACCCUCGAUUAAUAGUGAUGCAUGACCACGUUUGAUGAAUUUGCGGGUAUGGUAGUUCUGUAUUCGUAUUUACUGAUUUUACACUCCGAAAGAUGCUUGUUAUUGCUUUGUUUUUGUCAGUGCUUUUCAUUCUUAAACUUAUUUAAAUGUCGGGUGUUGGCUUUGUGAAGGAGGCCUUUUAUAGACGGUGAUGGCGUGUUACGUGAAAUAAAAUACUGAUCUUACAGUGCA